UCGAACUCCUGACCUCAUGUGAUCUGCCCGCCUCGGCCUCCCAAAGUGCUGAGAUUACAGGUGUGAGCCACCGUGCCCAACUGAUUCCAUUCUUUUUUAUGGCCAAAUAGUACUCCACUGUGUAAAUAUGCCACAUUUUCUUUGUCAAUUCGUAUGUGAUGGAGACUUAGGUUGAUUCCAUAUUUUGGCUGUUGUGAGUAGUGCUGCAGUAAACAUAAAAGUGCGUGUAUCCUUUUGAUAUACUGAUUUUCUGUCCUUUGAAUAAAUACCCAGUAGUGAUAUUGCUGGAUCUUAUGGUAGUUCUGUGUUUAAUUUUUAGAAAAAUCUCCAUACUAUUUUCCAUAAUGGCUGUACUAAGUUACAUUCCCACCUACAGUGUAUGAGAGCUCCUUUUACUCUGCAUCCUUGCCAGCAUCUGUUAGUUUUUGUCUUUUUGAUAAUAGCUAUUCUAACUGGAUAAGAUGAUAUCAUUGUGGUUUUGAUUUGCAUUUCCCUGAUAAUUAGUGGUGUUGGGCAUUUUUUUAUAUACCUGUCGGCUACUCAUGUGUAUUUUGAGAAAUCUCUAUUGCCCACUUUUUUCCCCUUUUAUUGAUAUAUAAUUUACAUAUUUAUGGUGUACAUGUGAGUGUUUGUUACAUGCAAAGAAUAUGUAUUGAUCAAGUCAGGGUAAUUGGGGUAUCCAUCACCUAGAAUGUUUUAUCAUUUUUGUAUGUUGGUAUCAUUUCAAGCCCUCUCUUCUAAUUACUUUGAAAUGUACAUAUUAUUAUUGCUAAGUAUGGUCACCUUAGUCUGCUAUCAAACAUUGGAACUUAUUUCUUCUAUCUAACUGUAUGUUUGGGUAUAUAAGAAAUAAGUUCCAGUGUUGGAUAGCAGACUAGGGUGACUAUACUUCUUAUAGUCUUUGUCUCUCUCCCCUCUUUAUCCCCUCUCCUCCUCCCCUUCCCAGUCUCUGUUAUUUAUUGUUCUAUACUGUAUGUCCAUGAGAUCAAGUUUUUUAGCUCCCACAUAUGAGUGAGGACAUGCAAUAUUUGUCUUUCUAUGCCUGGCCUAUUUCACUUAAAAUAAUGAUCUCCAUUUCUAUCCAUGUUGCUGCAAAUGACAUUAUUUCAUUAUGGCCAAAUAGUAUUCUAUUAUUUAACGCACUUUAUCCGUUUAUUUGUUGCUGGGCAUUUAGGUUGAUUCCAUAUCUUUGCUAUUGUGAAUAAUACUGUGGUGAACAUAUGAGUGAGAAUGUCCUUUUGAUACACUGAUUUCUUCUUUGGAUAGAUACCCAGUAGUGAGAUUGCUAGGUCUUAAUGGUAGUUCUAAUUUUACUUUUUGAGAAAUCUCCAUACUGGUUUCUUUAGGGUUGUUGUACUAAUUUACAUUCCCACCAGCAGUGUAUAAGAGUUCCCUUUUCUUACCAGCAUCUGUUAUUUCCUGUCUUUUUAAUAAUAGAGGUUCCAGCUGGGGUAAGAUAUCUUACUAUGGUUUAGAUUUGCAUUUCACUGAUGAUUAGUGAUUAGCAUUUUUUCAUAUACCUGUUGGCCAUUUGUAUGUCUUUUGAGAAAUGUCUAUUUCAUGUCCUUCGCCCACUUUUUAAUGGCUUUUUUUUUUUUGCUAUUGAGUUGUUUGAGUCUUUCUAUAUUCUGGAUAUUAGUCACUUGUCAGAUGAAUAUUUUGUAAACGUUUUCUCUCAUUCAUCAGGUUGUCUCUUCUGCUGAGGGUUUUCUUUGCUGUACGGAAGUGUUUUAGUUUAAUACGGUCCCAUUUAUCUAUCUUUGUUUUUGUUUCCUGUGCUUUUGGGAUCUUGGCCAUAAACUCUUUGCCUCAACCAGUGUCCCUGGAGCAUUUCUCCUAUGUUUUCUUCUAGUAGUUUUAUAGUUUGGGGCCUUAUCUUAAGUCUGUAAUCCAUUUUGUUUUGAUUUUUUAUAUGGUGAGAGACAGGGGUUUAGUUUUAUUCUUCUCCAUGUGGAUAUUUAGUUCUCCCAGCACCAUUUACUGAAGAGGGUGUCCUUUCCCCGGUAUACAUUCUUGGCACCUUUGUCGAAAAUCAGUUGGAUAUAAAUAUGUGGAUUUAUUUCUGGAUUCUCUAUUCUGUUCCAUUUUGGUCUAUGUCUGUUUUUAUAAUAAUACUAUGCUAGUUUGGUUAUGAUAGCCUUGUGGUAUAUUUUGAAGUCAGGUAGUGUGAUACCUCUAGCUGUUCUUUUUGCUCAGGAUUGCUUUGGUUAUUCAGGCUCUUUGUAGUUUCAUGCAAAUUUUAGAAUUGUUUGUUCUAGUUCUGUGAAAAAUAUUACUGGUAUUUUGGUAGAGAUUGCAUUGAAUCUGUAGAUUGCUUUUGGUAGAAUGGUCAUUUUCACCAUAUUAAUUCUUCUGAUCCAUGAACAUGGGAUGUCUUUCCAUUUUUUUGUGUCCUCUUUAAUUUCUUUCAUCAAUGUUUUAUAGUUUUCCUUGUAGAGGUCUUUCACCUUGGUAAAAUUUAUUCCUAGGGUUUUGGGUUUUGUUUUUAGUUUUUGGAAAUAUGAUCGCUUUCUUGAUUUCUUUUUCCUCUAGUUUGUUGCUAGUAUAUUGAAAGUUAUACUGAUUUUUCAUGUUGAUUUUGUGUCUUGCAGCUUUACUGAAUUUGAAUUUGUUCAUUAGUUUUAAGAGGUUUUUUUUUUUUUUUUUGUGGAGUCGUUUGGUUUUUCUAAGUAUAAGAUCAUGUCAUCUGCAGAGAGGGACAGUUUGACUUCCUCUUUUCCAUUUUGGAUGCUUUUAAUUUCCUUCUCUUACCUGAUUGCUUUGGCUAGGACUUUCAGUAUUGUGUUGAAUAAGAGUGGUGAAAGUGGGCAUCCUUGUCUAGUUCCAGUUCUUAGAGGAAAAGCUUUCAGCUUUUCUCUGUUCAGUAUAAUGUUAGCUAUGGGUUUGUCAUAUAUGGCCUUUAUUAUGUUGAGGUAUGUUCUUUCUUUUUAUUUUUAUUUAUUUAUUUAUUUAUUUAUUUAUUUUUUGAGAUGGAGUCUCACUCUGUUGCCCAGGCUGGAAUGCAGUGGCACGACCUCAACUCACUGCAACCUCUGCCCGCUGGAUUCAAGUGACUCUCCUGCCUCAGCCUCCCAAGUAGCUGGGACUACAGGCAUGUGCCACCGUGUCUGGCUAAUGUUUUUUGUAUUUUUAGUAGAGAUGGCGUUUCACCACGUUGGCCAGGCUGGUCUCAGACUGCUGACCUCAAGUGAUCUGCCCACCUUGGCCUCCCAAAGUGCUGGGAUUAUAUGUGUAAGCCAUCGUGCCCGGCCAAGGUAUGUUUUUUCUGUGCCUAGUUUGUUGAGCAUUUUUAUCUUGAAGGGAUGUUGAGUUUUAUUGAAUGCUUUUUCUGCCCCUAUUGAGAUGAUCGUAUGGUUUUUGUCUUUUAUUAUGUUGAUGUGAUAUAUCAUAUUUAUUGAUUUGCAUAUGGUAAAUUAUCUUUACAACUCAGGGAUAAAUCCCACUUGAUUGUGGUAUAUUGUCCUUUUGAUGUACUGUUGGAUUUGGUUUGGUAGUAUUUUGUUGAAGACUUUUGCAUCUGUGUUCAACUAUGGCCUGUAGUUUUUUUGUUUUGUUUUGUUUUGUUUUUUAAUGUUGUGCCCUUGUCUGGUUUUGGUUUCAGGGCUUCACAGAAUGAGUUAGGAAGAAUUCCCUCCUCUUUUACUUUUUGGAAUAGUUUGAGGAGAAUUGGUAUUCUUUGUAAGUUUGGUAGACUUUGGCAGUGAAGCCAUCAGAUUCUGAGCUUUUCUUUUUUAGGAGACUUUUUAUUACUGAUUCAAUCUCAUUACUCGUUAUUUGUUCAGGUUUUCUGUUUCUUCCUGAUUCAAUCUUGGUAGCUUUUAUGUGUCCAAGAAUUUGUCCAUGUCCUUUAGGUUUUCCAGUUUGUUGGUGUAUAGUUGUUCGUAGUAGUCUCUUAUGAUCUUUUGUAUUUCUGUAGUAUCAGUUGUAAUGUCUCCUUUUUCAUUUCUACUUUUGUUUGAGUUCUUGGUUGGUUUAGAAACAUAAUUUUGUAAAAUGGUUUUCUUGUUAAACACUUGAACCAUCAUUCUUGAUCAUCUGGUGUGUAGAAGACACUGUACUGGAUACUACUGGUAGUAAGUAGAAGGCUGAAUAAGACAGAUCUGUGCUCUCAAGGAGAUGUAUUAUACAUUAUGAAAACGAAUUUAUAGAUAAUUCAAGUUAAAACUAAAAUAUCUUCACUUCUGAGAGAAGCUAAAAUUUCAGAAGCUACUAAGGGGCUUUGUUAGGAUUAGGGCCUUUUCUCAUUGCGUAACCAGGAAUAAAAGACAGCCUUACUUUGAGAAGACCAUAAACAGGUGAAUGGAUAAACAAUUUGUGCCAUGUUUAUACGAUGGAAACACUACUUGGCAAGAAAGAACAGACUUGAUACAUGAUGUGAAUUCAUCUCAAACUAAUUAUGCUGAAAGAAGUAGAUAACCCCCCCAUACAAAGUAUAUAUGUUUCUGGGUUUUGGCUAUUACAACUAAACUGGCUAUAAACAUUUGUAUAUAAUUCUUUAUGUGUACAUAGGCUUUCAUUUCUGUUAGGUAAAUACCUGUGCAUGGAAUGGCUGGGUCGCUUAAGGUAUCUGUUUAAAUAGUCAUUUUUCUAAUUAUUGUAAAUGUCACUUCUUUCUUAUACUAGUUUUCUAUAUAUGCUUGUGUUCAUUUUUGUCUCGUCUGUGGAUCUGCUUUGCACUGUAUCAGCACUAUUAUAUAUACUGUUUUAAUUUCUGUGGCUUUAUAAUAUAGCUAAUGCAUAUUUUGGGAAAAUUUUUACCCUGUUGCUUUCCUAUGGAAUUGUUUCAAAUAAACAUAUUUUUAGUUUAUUUGCAUAUUCUUCAAAACCUAAAUAUUUGAAUAUUAAAGAAAAAUGUGGAAAACAGAAAAUUUUCCUUUUAUGAUGAGAUACAGUAUUGUAAGACAAUUAGAUUAUGAGACUCUUGUCCUGUGUAUGGGAUUUGAGUCAUCAGUGGCGAACUGUUGAAAUAAGACUUGUCAAAAAUGAUACACUCAGAUCCUUUUGGAUAGGAAGUAUAAUUUUUCUUUUGUUCAUAUUUAGAACCAUUCUAAAAACACAGCUAUGGAUGAAAUGAUCUCUCUGUAACAUUUUCUCUGUUACAACAUUUAUGUUGUAAGAGUAUGUCUUUGCUUGCCAGUAUACCUUGCCAGGGUUGAGUAAUACCAUUUUUAAAAUCUUUACCAACAUGACAGGCAAUAAAAGUUAAUAUGUUUAUUUUCACCUCUUUAGUUAUUGCUAAGAUUGAACAUUUUUAAUAUAGUUAAGAGUCAUGUAUGUUUUCUCUUUUCUAAAUUUUCUCUUCAUAGCCAUGUCUUUUUUUUUUUUUUUUUUUUUUUUUUUUUUUUUGAGACGGAGUCUUGCUCUGUCACCCAGGCUGGAGUGCAGUGGCGCAAUCUCAGCUCACUACAACCUCCUCCAUCUCCCAGGUUCAGGCGAUUCUCCUGCCUCAGCCUCCCGAGUAGCUGGGUCUACAGGUGCGUGCCACCAUGCCCAGCUAAUUUUUUUAUUUUUAUUUUUAGUAGAGAUGGGAUUUCACUGUUUUAGCCAGGAUGGUCUUGAUCUCCCGACCUCGUGAUCCACCCACGUCGGCCUCCCAAAAUGCUGGGAUUACAGGCGUGAGCCACUGCGCCCAGCCAGCCAUGUCUAUUUUUUUCUGUUGUAGUGUUUGUCGUAGGUCUGAGCUUAUAUUAUAUAAUGAAAAUGUUAGGUACUCAUCACAGCCCUUAAACUUUGUACUUACAAGAGUUGUGAGAAUGUGGACAAAUAGAGAUUGCUGAGUUGUAAGACUUUUAAUAAAUGAUCUGUUGCUAAGUUUAAAAAAGAAAAAAAGAACAGGAAGUUCUCAGAGCACGACAGAAAAUUUUAGCUGUGAGCCAUUUGAAAGAAGGAUUGGUUUUUGAACUGUUUUUGUUUAGCUAAGAGCCAUUUUGGAUAAUUGGGUAGGUGCAACUUUUAUUUAAGAAAGAAGCUCAUGUGUCCCAUUGUGCUUUAUUAGUUAUGGAACAAUUAUUUCUGCAAAAAGAAAAAAUUCAGAACCCUUUACUAAAUUUUUGUAUUAAAAUAAAUUUAUGAUUGAAGGAAGGUAAUAUAAAUAAUGGUCUAGUACCUAUACUUUUUUCAAUGUCAUUGACUAUAUUUUGUUUCCUGGUGAAGGAGUACCAAUAAUACAGACCUAAUUCCUUUUUUUUUUUUUUUUUUUGAGAUGGAGUCUCACUCUGUCACCCAGGCUAGAAUGCAGUGGCGCAAUCUCCGCUCACUGCAGCCUCCACCUCCUGGGUACAAGCAAUUCUCUUGCCUCAGCCUCCCCGAGUAGCUGGAACUACAGGCGUGUGCCACCAUGCCCAACUAAUUUUUUUUGUAUUUUUAGUAGAGGCGAGGUUUCACCAUGUUGGCAAGGCUGGUCUUGAACUCUUGACCUCAGGUGAUCUGCCCUCCUCGACCUCCCAAAGUCCUGGGAUUACAGGCAUGAGCCACCGCACCCAGCCAAUGACCACAUUUUUACCCCUUAUAAUGUGUAUGUGUGUGUGCGUGCGUGCUCGUGUGUGCGAAGUAUUGUUUUAUGUUAUUUGUGUUUGUAAAAUAGACCAGCCACUUUCUUCCCUUUUUUGUGGGUUCCUUUCUUAUUUGGAAUUAAAGCUAACUGGAACCUACUAACUCUUAGACGUAAAUUUAAAUGUUGACCAAAUAUGGCUGCUUUCCUCCUAGAUUAUAAUCUUUUUGCAGCACCUACCCUAAGUGCUGUACACAUAUUAGGCUGUCAGCAUGUUUACUGAAUUAAGUUAAAACAUUUGGAAGGAGCUACUGCUUCAGGUUUUUGAAAAGGUAUUUUCCUGAGAUUUUGAUAAAGAACCUAUCUUGAAAUAUUAGUGUGUUUUUUGUACUUUUAGAACAGUUCUAAUGUUUGCAUUUGAACCUGUUUGUUUAUAAGUUGAUUUUUUUUCUUUCGAGAUAAAGUCCCUUAUAGGAAGUAAAUUUUGUCUCCCUAAAUUUAAAACUAACGAUUUUAUUAGAAGGCACCAUUGGCUGAGCAUGGUGGUUUAUGCCUAUAAUCCCAGCACUUUAGGAGGCAAAGGCGGGAGGAUUGCUUGAGCCCAGGGGUUUGAGACCAGCCUGGGCAACAAAGUAAGACCCUGUCUCUACAAAAAAAUAAAAAAAUUAGCUGGAUGUGGUGACACACAUCUGUAGUCCCAGCUACUCCAGAAGCUGAGGCAGGAGGAUUGCUUGAGCCCAGGAAGUUGAGGCUGCAGUGUGCUGUCAUCAUGUCACUGCACUCCAGCCUGGACAACAGAGCAAGACCCUGUCUCAAAAAAAAAAAAAAGAAGAAGCCAGUUUUAAGGAAUAUUCUCCUGUGUUACACUGCAAACUGGUCCUUAGGCAUAGAAUUAGAAUAAUUGUCUACCUACUAAUUUUGAAAUGAGUCAAUGACUUUAUUGUGUGGUUUGGUCACAUUCAGCCUUAAUCUUUUUUUAAACAGCUGUUUUUCCCUAGAUAACUUGUAAACUAAGACAUUUUGUGGCAAGAACGAAAUGUUUUUGCGAUAUUUAUACUAAGCAAAAUACAAAAUACCCUUGAAAGUAAUGCUGAUAGAAAAGAGCCAAUCUCAAAACGAUAUACUGCAUAAUUCAGUUUAUUUAACAUUCAUCAAACACAGAGAUAAUGGUUGCCAGGGAUUAGAGAUGGAGGAGGAAGGAUGAGUAUGGCUUAUAAAGGAGUAGUUCAAGAAGUAUUGUGGUGACUAGUACAAUUAAGUAUCUUGAUUGCGGUGAUAGUUACUUGAAGUUCUGUGUUAUAAAAUGGCAUAGGACUAUGCACAUACAUGCACAGAUGUGUAUGUCUAAAAAUGGUGAAAUCUGAAUAAGCAGUGUGGGUGUACCAGUGUCAGUUCCCUGGUGUUGAUAUUGUACUGUAUGCAACUUACUAACAUUGGGAGAGGUUAGGUAAAGGGUACACAGUACUUAACUGUACAUUUCUUUGAAGUUUAAAAAUACGCUUUUUUAAACAAGCACUUCCCUUUCUCACCCCAAACCAGGACAAUUAUUAAAGACAAACGUCUGUUCAUUUGGUGUGUGCUUGGUAUCUUGCCAUUUGAUUAUAGCAGUACAGCAGAGGAUACCCUCAAAGGAGAAUACUCUCUAAUCUACUCAUGUUUUGGGGGCGGUGUAUUUUUGUUUGUGAAUUAGUUCCUACUAAAGCCACUGUCAGUUCUAGAAAACCCAUUUCUAGUUAUGCUAUAGCUGCCAUGGCUAAUUAAGGAUUCAAAUGUAUGCAUCCUCCAUUUUCCUGUUUAUGGACAUAAUAUAAAACCUUAAAGAAUCAACACAAAAGAAAACAUAUACAGCCUUUUAAAUAUUCAGAAUAGAUUUUUCUAAUUCAGUGGAUGGAAAUAUAGUUAUAUUAAUGUCACUUCAAAUAAAUACCAACCUUACAUUUUAUUAAGCACACUGAUAAAUAUACUAUAAAGAGGAAUAUUGUUUGCAUGCUUUUCUGGUGAAUAAUUUAAACUAUAAUACUCCAAAAAAAAAAAGUACAGCUACUGUGUUCUCAUAACUUAGUUUUGAUUUGUUUAAAUAUAAGCAUUUCUUCAGCCAUAUAUUUUUAAACAGGAACAUAAUAAUAACAAAAAUGGUAGCUAACCUUUGUGAGGUAGGUACUAAUACAUAGAGGAGGAAACUGAAACAGGAAGAAAUUAACAUACCUAGAAUAACAAGCUAGCAAGAGAGAGAACAGUUGUGGACUUUCUGAGUCUACACUUGGGAACGUUAUUUUGUAAGUUCUCCUCAUGCUAUACAGUAUAGGAACUCUGAAGUUAGAGAUUAAUAAUCUUUGCAGUUAUUAUAUAAGUUUUGUUUUAUUCACAGGGCACAUAUGAAAUCUGUUUUUUCUCUUGCUAAGUUCAGUAAGAUCAACCCUUCCCUGAUUUAUGACAAGAGGAUCUGCUUUUGUGAUGUUUACCUUCUUGAAUAUCCUUUCUUUUUAUGAAAACCAGACUAAAUUGAAAGUUCUCUUAAAAUUUGUGUUAGUAUUUGAAAAAAUUUUAUACAAGUUUAUGGGAUACCUGUGAGAUUUUGUUACAUCAAUGUAAUGCUUAGUGAUCAAGUCAGUCGGAAAUUAGUGUCUGUUACCCAAGUACAAUAUGUUUUUGUUAAGGAUAGUCACCCUGGCCAGGCGCAGUGGCUCAUGCCUAUAAUCCUAGCACUUUGGGAGGCCAAGAUAGGCAGAUCACUUGAGGCCAGAAGUUCAAGACCAGCCUAGCCAUCAUGGCAGAACCCCAUCUCUACUAAAAAUACAAAAAAAAAAUUAGCCACGCAUGGUGGCGCACACUUGUAAUCCCAGCUACUCGGGAGGCUGAGGCAGGAGAAUCGCUUGAACCCGGGAGGCAGAGGUUUCAGUGAGCUGAAAUCACACCACUGCACUCCAACCUGGGCAGCAGAGCAAGACUCCAUCUCAAACAAACAAAAAGGAUAGUCACCUUACUCUUCUGUCAAACACUGAAUAUAUUCCUUCUAUCUUACUGUAUGUUUGUACCCUUUAACCAGCUUCUCUUUAUCCUCCCCACUUCCCUCACCCUUCCCAAUCUCUGUUAUCUACCUUUUCACUCUACCUCCAUGUGAUGAAAUUUUUUAUUUUUAGCUCCCACAUGGAAGUAAGAACAUACGAUAUUUAUCUUUUUGUGUGUGGCUUAUUUUACUUAAGGUAAUGACCUCCAGUUCCUUCCAUGUUGCUGUAAAUGACAUGAUUUCAUUCUUUUUAUGGCCAAAUACUAUUCUGUUGUGUAUGUAUACUGUAUUAGUAUUUUAAGGAUACCAGCCGGGCGCCGUGGCUCACGCCUGUAAUCCCAGCACUUUGGGAGGCCGAGGCAGGCGGAUCACCAGGUCAGGAGAUUGAGACCAUCAUGGCUAACACAGUGAAACCCCGUCUCUACUAAAAAUACAAAAAAUUAGCCAGGUGUGGUGGCGGGCGCCUGUAGUCCCAGCUACUCGGGAGGCUGAAGCAGGAGAAUGGUGUGAACCCGAGAGGCAGAGCUUGCAGUGAGCCGAGAUCGCGCCACAGCACUCCAGCCUGGGCGACAGAGCAAGACUCCGUCUCAAAAAAAAAAAAAAAAAAAGGAUACCACUAAAAACAUAAAAAGACUUGACCUUUAAAAACAUAAGAUCUGGCCGGGCCCGGUGGUUCACAUCUGUAAUCCCAGCACUUUGGGAGGCCAAGGCAGGUGGAUCAUGAGGUCAGGAGUUUGAGACCAGCCUGACCAACAUGAUGAAACCUUGUCUCUACUAAAAAUAAAAAAAUUAGCUGGGCAUGGUGGUGCACGCCUGUAAUCCCAGCUACUCAGGAGGCUGAGGCAGGAGAAUCUCUUGAACCCGGGAGGCGGAGGUUGCAGUGAGCCGAGAUCGCGCCACUGCACUCCAGCCUGGGCAACAGAGUGAGACUCUGUCUCAAAAAAAAAAAAAAGAUCUUACUGAUCUGCUUUUAAUUGUAGUAGUUUUUUUUUUCUCACACAUAAAUAUAUGUAUUUAUUUUAAGAUAGUUGUUAAAAAGAAAAAUAUUUUCCCAUUCAUGAUAUGACUACAGUGUAUCUGAAGGAAUCUGUUUUUCAUCGAUAUUAUGGAGUAGAUGUAGAAACAAUACUUAAAAUAUCAAAUACUAAAUAGACUCGUUUUUCCUUUAAUGUUAAUAACAUUCUGUGUUUUCAUUUUAUGUGACUUCCCAGUCUAAUGGUCAGCAGUACAUGUAGAGUUAUAAUAAUACUUAUGUUACUCUAGUAGACGCAAUCAUACCUCAGCUUUAUGUUUUCAGAGGAAUCAUCUCAGUUGGUGAAUUUCCAAUAAUAGCAACAUAGGACACCGCUCAAUAUUAGAAAGUUUAAAUCAGAUUUAUGCUAUAGGCUAUUUGUACCUUUCCAUGCCUUUUAAUUCUGUGUUGUCUUGAGGCAUUUCAGUGUAUAUCCAGUACUGGUGUUUAAAGGAAAGUUAUUAAAGUUUGGAAUAAGAGUACUUGAAUUGGAAUCUUGCUUUGCCAUUCACCAGCUGUUUGUCCUUAAAUUCUCUCAGGUUAUCUGUAGCCUUAACAAUUAAAGGUGACUUCUGUAUGUCAUUUAGCUUACUUAGCAUCCAUUAUUUCUGAAGUUGUUAGGAUUAUUGUAACUACUGUUAUUACUAUUUUUAGAUUAAUAUAUUUCCUUUCUAGAUUUCCAUUUAAAAUAUAUUUAAAGAAUCAUAAAAAUUAAACACAAGCAACAUCCUUUUAUAUUCUGCACAGUUCUUAGCAGAAUUAUAGAUUCAAAAAAGACGCACAGAAUAGGCCACAAUACAUGUGCCAAUUUUUGUUCUCAAUCUUAAAAUUACAUAGUAUAAUUAUUAUGGUUAUCUGAAAACGAUCACGUUGUGCACAUGUACCCUAAAACUUAAAGUAUAAUAAUAAUAAUAAUAAAUAAAAUAAAAAGAAGUGUCUGCUCUUUUAUAAGAGGAAAUUGUUUUUAAUUGUAGUAGUCAUUUUUCUGCCUGAUCUGAAUCUAGAUGAGUUUUUUAUGUUAUAUAGAAGAUCAUUUUAUGUAUUUUUAUGUAGGGUUACUAUUAUAGAAAAAAGUAAAAGUUUUACUGCUACUCUUAAGCUUUUUGUGUUUGUUUAAACAGGUUUUUGGCAUUUUAAUCGUCAUCCUUAGUAGUCAUUGUUAAAGUAACUUUAUUUAGAAAAUUGAGAAUUAAAUGACCUUCAAAAGAUCAUCAGUCUUUCCUGACUUUUUGAGGUUAGGUUCAGAGUUAUCCAUUGAUGCUGUUGAAUUCUAGGGAUAUAAGUUUGUGAAUAGAAUAUGUAAAACUAUUGCACUCCUUCCAUUAUGUUACCUUCCUGUGUAAGUAGUAAUAGCUUGUUUUUUCAAUGGUGAUACUUCAUUCUUCUAAACAGCUAUGAACAUAGAAACAAAAUCUUUUGAGAUGUCUCAAAAUAGACAUAGUUUACAUUGGAAAGGCCUUUCCCAGUCUGCUUAUUCUAUACUUUAUAAAGUCUGAAAAGGUAUAGCCUUGUGUUUUUCUUUCCGAAGUUUUCUUUUUAAAAGUUAUUUUAUUUCUCUGAGAAUCUUCCAUAACAACCAAGUUACAUAGUUUAAAUUGAAGCAUCCAGUUUGAAAGGCAGCAGGUAAACUCUGACAGACUAAAGGUGACAGACUGAAGGAGGAGAUAGGGAAAAAUAAUAAAAGCAAGUAAAAGAGGAAAACAUCCAGCAUUUGGAGAUGUAUUCUUCUCAGUCAGUCCUGAAGACAUCAUUAACUCAGUGGUCAAGAAAAAUAUUUUUCAUUCAUACUAAUUAGAAAUACAGACAUGAAAAUACAUUGGAAAUAUUUACUAUUACUUUCAGUUUUGGUAUUUAAAAUUGAUAUUCUAGUGAAUGAAAGUUUCAUAUUACAUGUAACAGAAAUUUGGAUUAAAUUAGUAAUACAUGUAAUACACAACUAGUAUGCUUAGCAUAUAGCACCUAGCUCAAUAAAUGUUAGCAGCUAUUACUGUUUUUGUUAUCAACAUCUUUCCCCCAGUUAGUCAGUUUACCAUCACCUAAAAUGUCUUUAGUUCUUUGCAUACUUAUUUAAUUUAUUAAAUAUGUAUUAUAUGACCUUUGUGUAUUAAAUUGAUUUGUCUGUGGUCAUAGAGAACUAUUUUGUUCAUGGUUAUUACCAUGAAAAAAAGAAAAAGCACCAAUUGCUGAUACAAUACAACUGAAGAUAGCAAGUGUUAAUAGGCUGGACUACUGUAAUUCUAGAGCUGAGGAUUUUAUGUACAUCUAUAUAUUUAAAACUUACACAUAUGUUUUUAUGUAUAUUUAAGACUUCGUUUUUUUUUUAAACAGCAGUUUUAGACUGACAGCAAAAUUGAGAGGGACGGAGAUAACCCAUGUAGCCCUUGCCCCCACAAAUGAAAGAAUUAAAAAUUCAUCAGUAGCUUUAUUUUGGCUUUUUUAAAAAGAUGUAAUUCACAUAGCAUAAAAUUCACCCUUUUAUACAAUUCAGUGUCAGUAUAUUUGCAAAUCCUAAUACUUGAAAAAAAAAUUAUUGUGCAUAUUAAGUUAUAUAACAAUUAUGGGAUAUAGAUGGUAAAAAGUUUACUACAGUAAAGCAAAUUAACAUGUCCAUUAUCUUACAUAGUUUUUUUGUUUCUGUGGCAAAAGCAGCUACAAUUUACUCAUUUAGCAUGAAUACCAUAUAUAGUACAAUUUUAUUACCUAUUGUCUUCAUGUGGUACAUUAGAUCUCUAGACUUGUUCAUCUUGUUACAUACCUACCUCUUCCCAUUUCCUCUCACCCCACCCCUAGUAACCAUUGUUUUUAAGUUCUUUACCUCUGUGAGAGAUUCCACUUACAAAUGAUGUCAGGUACUAUUUUUCUUUUUGUGUCUGGCUUACCAUGUAGCAUAAUGUCCUCCAGGCUCAUUCAUGUUGUGGCAAAUGGCAAGAUCUCCUUUUUAAAGGCUGAAUAAUACUCCAUCAUACAUAUUUACCACAGUUUCUUUAUCCAUUCAUUUGUCAAUGAACACAUAGGUUGUUUUCAUACCUGGCUAUUACAAAUAAUGCUGCAAUGAACAUGGGAGUGAAGCUACCUUUACCAGAUGGUGAUUUCAUUUCCUUUGGCUGUAUGCCAAGAGGGAUUGCUAGGCUGUAUGGUAGUUCUAUUUUUAAUUUGUUUAUAAACCUCCAUACUGUUUUCCAUAUUGACUGUACCAGCCUACAUGUGCACCAGCAGUAUAUACGAAUUCCCCUUUCUGACACCCAUGCUAACCUUUAUUAUUUUUUGGCUUUUUUAAUAAUAGCCAUUCUAACAGUUGUGAGGUGUGAUCUCUUAGUGAUUCUGAUUUACAUUUCCCUGAUGAUUAAAGCCUGUACUUUUAAGGAAACAUAUUUUUCUUAAGUAUUUUUUUUCUUAGCUGUAUGUAAUCUUUACUUUUGCCCAUGUGAUGACUACUUCCUAUCUUCCUCUUGCAUUCUUUUGCAUUUUUAUUCUCUUUGAUUCUGGUCUAAUGUCAUAUCUCUUUUGGAAAGGGAUUCUUGAUUCCUCAUAUACAUUUAGUUGCCUUCUUUGCCCUGGGCUCCCACAGCCCUUUGUUUAUUCCUUUAUUAUAUUGCUUAUCACAUUUAUAUUGUAAUUGUCUUUUUUUUUUGAGAUGGAGCCUGGUUCUGUUGCCCAUGCUGGAGUGCAGUGGCACAAUUUCGGCUCACUGCAACAUCUGCCUCCCAGACCUCUGUGAGUGAAAGCCUUCAGAGGGAAGCUGCUAAAAAGCAGGCCAUGAAACAGACCAAACUGGAAAUCCAGAAGGCCCUUGCAGAAGAUGCUACUGUGUAUGAAUAUGACAGUAUUUAUGAAGAAAUGCAGAAAAAAAAGGAGGAAAAUAAUCCCAAAUUGCUUUUGGGGAAAGACAGAAAGCCCAAGUAUAUUCACAACUUGCUAAAAGCAGUUGAGAUCAGAAAAAAGGAACAGGAAAAAAGAAUGGAAAAGAAAAUACAGAGAGAACGAGAAAUGGAAAAGGGGGAGUUUGAUGAUAAAGAAGCAUUUGUGACAUCUGCAUAUAAGAAAAAACUGCAAGAGAGAGCUGAAGAAGAAGAAAGAGAGAAGAGGGCUGCUGCACUGGAAGCAUGUUUGGAUGUAACCAAGCAGAAAGAUCUCAGUGGAUUUUAUAGGCACCUAUUAAAUCAAGCAGUUGGUGAAGAGGAAGUACCUAAAUGCAGCUUUCGUGAAGCCAGAUCUGGUAUAAAGGAAGAAAAAUCAAAGGGCUACUCCAAUGAAAUAAGUUCAAAAAACAGAAUACCACAAGAGAAAUGCGUUCUUCAAACUGAUGUGAAAGUAGAGGAAAACCCAGAUGCAGACAGUGACUUUGAUGCUAAGAGCAGUGAGGAUGAUGAAAUAGAAGAAACUAGAGUGAACUGCAGAAGGGAAAAGGUCAUAGAGACCCCUGAGAAUGACUCCAAGCACCACAGGAAUCAAAACCACUCUCGGUCACCUAGUGAAGAAAGAGGGCACAGUACCAGACACCACAUGAAAGGAUCACGAACGUCGAGAGGACACGAGAAAAGGGAAGAUCAGCACCAACAGAAGCAAUCCAGAGACCAAGAGAACCGUUACACUGACCGUGAUUACCGGAAAGAAAGGGAUUCUCAUAGGCACAGAGAGGCCAGUCAUAGAGAUUCCCAUUGGAAGAGGCAUGAACAGGAAGAUAAACCAAGGGCGAGGGACCAAAGAGAAAGAAGUGACAGAGUAUGGAAAAGGGAGAAAGACAGGGAGAAAUAUUCCCAAAGAGAACAAGAAAGAGAUAGACAACAAAAUGAUCAGAACCGACACAGUGAGAAAGGAGAGAAGGAAGAGAAAAGCAAAGCAAAGGAAGAGCAUAUGAAAGUAGGAAAGGAAAGAUAUGAAAAUAAUGAUAAAUACAGAGAUAGAGAAAAACGAGAAGUAAGUGUUCAAUCUUCAGAAAGAAAUCGAGACAGAAAGGAAAGCAGCCCACAUUCUAGGGCAAAGGAUAAAUUUCUUGACCAAGAAAGAUCCAACAAAAUGAGAAACAUGGCAAAGGACAAAGAAAGAAACCAAGAGAAACCCUCUAAUUCUGAAUCAUCACUGGGAGCAAAACACAGACUCACAGAGGAAAGGCAAGAGAAGGGUAAAGAACAAGAGAGACCACCUGAGGCAGUGAGCAAGUUUGCAAAGCGGAACAACGAAGAAACUGUAAUGUCAGCUAGAGACAGGUACUUGGCCAGGCAGAUGGCGCGGGUUAAUGCAAAGACCUAUAUUGAGAAAGAAGAUGAUUGAUGGCUACCCCAAGAGAAAGAUUUAAGGAAGCACAGAAAACUAAUUCCUGGAACCUGCUGCGUAAAACCAUAAAGGAGUGUGUUACCAGUAGUUUGGAGGGCAUUUUUAAAUUUAUUUUCAGAAUUUUAAGUUAAAAUCAAAAGUCAGUCUUACAGCUUGGAUGUUUGGAUGUGGAUGUUUGGCUGAAUUUAUGUAUAGUUAUGUACUCAUCAAUACCACAUUCUUUGUUGUAUUCAAGAACCGUUAAGAGUGUGCUAAUUCCCUGUAGGUACAUAAUGAGGAAAACUGGCUCCACUACAACCUUUAAAAAAUAAUUUUGGCCAGAUAUGGUAGCUCAUGCCUGUAAUACCAACAUUUUGGGAGGCCAAGGCAGAAGGAUAUUGAGGCCAGGCAUUCAAGACCAGCCUAGGCAGGAUAAUGAGACCUUGUCUGUAUUUAAAAAACAAAAAGCCUAGCAUGGUAGUGCCUGUAGUCCCAGCUGUUCAAGAGGCUGAGGCAGGAAGAUCACUUGAGCCUAGGAAUUUGAUGUUACAGUGAGCUAUGAUCAUACCACUGCACUCCAACCUGGGCAACAGAAUGAGACCCUGUCUCUAAAAAAAAUUUUUUUAAAUAAAUAAUUUAACUCUUCUAAUAAUGUUUUGUUGCAGGAGCUGUAUUUUAGAUAAAAUAUGGAUUUGAAAAAUAGAAAAUAUACUUUAUGUUCUGAAAUUUGUAUUAAAGUAUAAAAUGUGAAUCAUCUUGUCUAAAUAGCUUACAGCGUAGUUGGCUUAAAUGAAAAUAAAAUGAUAUGCCUGUA